UUAUAUUUGUGCGAUGGAGUAUGAAAAUUUAUUUUUAAUCUUUACCCACAACACAAGAUCACAUCAUGGUCUCUAGAUUACAUACACUAUUGGAACCAAUAAAGCCAGUGCCGAAGUACUUGAAGAAACUAGCCUCCCAGAAAGUAACCGCGCACCCUAUUCAAACUUAUAUACCUCACCUUGAAUUCACCAGCCGUGACUUGACUGCGAUAUCUCAAGGUCUCACUAACAACACAUUAACCAUCAACACCCAGCCUUAUCAAACUGCCCUUCUUCGACAACUAGGAAAACAAACUUUACUAUUCCGCCUUUAUACUUCGACUAUAUUUCUGGGUCAACGAUACUUGGCAUCUUCGCCAUAUGAAAUCAAGAAUGAUCUAGGUUAUUUCACCAAUGAUUGGGUAAUACCGCAAGUAAUGCGCCGCAAUGGGAUAUACGACUGUUGUGUCGUUGAUGAUAGAUUAGUAACCACUGAGAGAAUCGAAUAUGAACGAUAUUUAAACAAAGUCAAAGAAGUUAAGGAUAAGACAGCAAUAGGAAGUUUGUUCACUUUGAUUGGAUUGGUUAAAGUAAAGUACGGCGAUAAGGAAGCUAAGCAGGUUUGCGAUAAAUUGGUAGAGGGUAAGAGAGGUAUUAUUGAGAUUGUUCAAGAAGAAAUGAAGUAGCAUACAUCGUGUAUCCUCUUGCAAAGCUGGACUUUGUUCCCUAAAUCUUGGUCAGAAAUCUAACAAAUAACGAACAAAUGUAUGACAUUCCAUGUAAAUAGUACAAAGAUCAAUACUUGACAAAUAGAACCCUUUUAAUACAAUAUUUUUGAAUG